UGUCCGCCGGGAGAGAAGGGCUCCGAGAGCCGCAUCCGCCGACCCAUGAACGCUUUCAUGGUGUGGGCGAAGGACGAGAGGAAGCGUUUGGCCGUGCAGAACCCGGACCUGCACAACGCGGAGCUCAGCAAGAUGCUCGGCAAGUCCUGGAAGGCUCUGAGCCUCUCACAGAAGCGUCCCUAUGUGGAGGAGGCUGAGCGGCUGCGGGUGAAGCACAUGCAAGAUUACCCCAACUACAAAUACCGGCCCCGGCGGAAGAAGCAGGUCAAGCGCAUCUGCAAGCGGGUGGACCCCGGGUUUUUGCUGGGCAGCCUGACGCGGGACCAAAACGUGGUGCCAGAGAAGCGGACCUGCG